GCCAAAUGGAGGUGCACACCAAAAAUUUUCUUGGAAUCUUAGUGGACGCUUCAAAAGCACGCAAAAAGAUACCUGUCAGAACUAAGGCUCCCGGGUAUCCAAAGCAACGAGUCAAGUUCCCGUCUGUCCAUUUACCGACGAUAGCGCUUUUCUAGUUCUACAAUUAACACAUAGCAAGCUAGUAGCAGUUGCCGAUCCAGCACAUUAAUGUUUUUUCUAGUCCGUGUCACGGCGUGCCCAUACUGAUUUCAUUUCGUGGACCGCGAAGACCAGCUAUUCGCCGUCACUGCCAAACCGCUCUCUGUAUGACACGUCGAAUAAAUUAUUGCCAGUCCCUGUGCAUCUAUUCUUAGCCAGUUUGUGCAUCGCCGAGAACUCGUUUCAGCUACGGCGUCUCAAAAGAUUCUUGUUUGUUUAACAGCGGCUGGGUGUUUGCUGGCAACGUUUCACACGUUCUUUGCCUCCGUCAGCGCAGCAUCUGCGGGAGAAGCAAACAACCCUGGUGGCUCAGGUAAGGUGUGCGGUACAAACACAUUUCGUGGACCGCGAAGACCAGCUAUUCGCCGUCACUGCCAAACCGCUCUCCGUAUGACACGUCAAAUAAAUUAUUGCCUGUCCCUGUGCAUCUAUUCUUAGCCAGUUCGUACAUCACCAAGAACUCGUUUCAGCUAUGGCGUCUCAAAAGGUUCUUGUUUGUUUAACAGUGGCUGGGUGUUUGCUGGCAACGUUUCAUACGUUCUGUGCCUCCGUCAGCGCAGCAUCUGCGGGAGAAGCAAAUAAUCCUGAUGACACAGGUGAGGUGCCCGAUACCAAAAUUGAUUUAGAUCCUGAUGACAUCAGCGACUACGUCGUUUAUACGUUGGGCGAGGUAGCGGAUCCUCUCCAGUUGGAUUCACAGGAAUGCCCGUACCGCGAGGAUGGCAGUGUCGGGCAUUUGGACCUUACCAUCUCGAGCGGUCCAGGUGUUGCUUUUCAUUGCCCCGGAAAAAAGAGUCAAAAUCUCAGCCCAACUGAGCUUGAUACUGCCUUCGGGGUGGAUGCGGCUGGAAAUUGUGACACGACGCGCUUGGUCGAUGUGAGUACUUUAAUUCCGACCGCCAUAGUCCGUGGUCCGCAACCAUCAACGCCAUCGCUUGAAGGCAGUAGCUUGCUCCUCACUCUGGGACUGCCUCUUGACAGCGAUAAGAAGGCAUGCUUCGUUUGCAGGGAGAAUGGAAAUGCCGCGGGCCGGUCGUGCAUUGUGACUGUAACAGUCAAGAAAGCAUCACUGCCAAGUUCUAGGGUGUGCAACCCCGCCGUGCCCCCAAACGGAAACAUGCUGGCUUUCGAUGGUGACGGGUCAGACAGAAGCGUUGUCGUCCACUGCCCGAAAGGGCUUCCGGUACUCGACAUAUUCAAAGAGAGUGACAACGUUCGGGCGGGCCCCCGAUGUAUGGCCAAAGCAAAGCUGGAAGAUGUCGUGGGGUCUGGCUCUACCAUCAAGCCAGUUAAUGUUGAUUCUCAAAAUCGGGAUGUUUCGCGUUCUUAUUUGAUCACCUCUACGUCUUCGUUCUCGAAGCCACGCAUACUUUGCAUGGCAUGUAUGCCAGGCGAUGGUGACCCACGGCAGGAUGAAGGUCUAGGGGUCUGCAUAAUGCAGGCCCUAUUGCCUGCGUCGGAAGGACGAAGGUCUGAAGGCGGACAAUCUCGAAAUCAAAAUCCAGGGAAUUCGUUAACUCCUACUGUCACAAAUUCAGGUGGAGGUAUCAUUUCCUUUACCACCACAGCUGCCUUUUUUUGUGUCAUCUCCGGGUUGGCAGCUGUCAUGUAAAAUGCCGCAUCCCACCUCAGACUGGCGUGUACCAUUUUAGAGACCAGAGCUCUUGAGUCACAGACCACUGCGACCGCAAGGAAGUCUGACAUCGGUUUUUCCAAUCUGGAUGACCAUGUCUCAGCUACUGAUAGCGUUUUGUCGUCGUUUUAGAUGCGUCAGUGGAGGUCGUGUUCGAAGAGCUACGCCGUGUUCUGUUACUCGUAUUCAUUUGGUGGCCGCGUACCCGGUGUGUUGAGCGGUACAAGAGCGGAUCACACGGGGAUAUAUUUUGUAUCAUAACGCCAUAUUUGCGCAUGCAUGCCAGGGACACAUGGAGCCGCCACAGGUUUGCGAGUGUAAUAACAGAUGGUGAAUUUUCGAUGUAUGUUUUACACGAAGAAAAUUUUUCCUCCAUAACUUUCUGUGUUUUCUGGUGUCCUGGUGGACACCUGGUUUUGUGUUCUUGACGCAGAAGGCUUUUUUGUCGGAGACAGGAAAAUACGAACUACAGGUGCUAUUUUUUUAAAGUGUUGUUGAUUUACGCAGAGCCAAAGUUCAUAUGCGCAUCAGCAUACCAGCGUUAGAUAGGAGGAGGCUAAUCGAACAUCGAAGAAUUGGGGGAGAUUCCAAGGAGGAGAGACGCAGCAAAAAAAGACAGCUCUUGGAAGACACGUGGUGGAACCUCUAGAAUCAUGAGACGACAAAGGAGCACAAUAGCAGGGUCAUGGGUGGGUCAGAUGUGUUACUUCUUUGCGUAGAAUGGGUCUGCUAUGCAGAUUGAGUGGUGGCCGCACCGAACUGUCCCCUGGGUAGUAUUUUCGUCCAUGGGAUGAGGAAAGCAGCGAUAAGUACGCACAAUAUGUUGUCUUACUCAGGAACCGGAGACGAAACCGCGAAUGGGGUUUUCCAUAGAGGCGAGUACUCGGGUAUGUGAUUGAGAAGACGGUGAUGUGUGUUGCAGUGGUUGCUGCACGGUGUGAGGAGUCGCUCACUCAGUUAGCCUGUCCGCGCGAGGAGCGUAGUAGUCAAACGAUGGUAUGUUUGUGAUUUUGUUGCUGGUGCGUGUGGAGCCGCUUCCACCAUGUGGUCGAGGCGAGGUCACACCCUUUUUGUACCAAGCUGCCACUCUCUGUCGGAAGGAGUGCUUGUGCUUCAGCAACCCCUCAUUCAUACAACGUGCUGUGCGGAUGAUGGGGGGACAAGGCGGCAUCCUGUCCAAGCGGAACGUGAGACGGCGGCUUUGUAGGGUCCUCGACUGACAGGGGAGGGACCAACCUGCGAUGUCAUUACAUGAAAUAUUACGUUCGUUUCCUGAAAAAUGGGUUGAUUCAUACACUCAGUCGGUAGUAGGUGUUCAACUAUGGCGUUAGUGAGCAACGAAGCGACUUACCUGGUGUUCUGCUCGCACGUCAGGACACCACCACCAUCUCGAUUUCCGUGUCUGAUCUAGUCAGUCAGGAUUAUCCAUCAGCAGCCAAGUUGCAUGAUCUGCUCUCGCCAUUAGCAGGAGCGGUGGAUGAAAAGAUAUAGGCAGAACUAUAAGUGACGAGAAACGUUGUAUGUUACAGGAAACAGUAGCCUUGAUUCACUGGGGCGAUGGAAUACAGCCGUCUUCCACUGCAGACUCAACUUCGCCUGGUCCCUUCGUAUUGCUCCACGUUCGCUGCUUCCUCACCCUCGAGCGCUUAGGGUCCUUCACGUGGUCGUGUUCCAGCGUCGUUGUCGGGAUGUUGUUCGUUACAUAAAUUGAACUAGUCAAGCGUUAAAUUAGCCCGUUUGCGCUCUCAAUCAACGUCUCCGUGUCUAGCGUGCAAACGGUUGCUGCUUUGAAAUGAGUAUUCGUCACCAUAAAGACAAUGUAAAAAAUAGUAGAGAUUAUAAGUCCGUCAGUGUACCUGGGGAGUUAUCCGGAGACCACAGGAGGACAAACGUCAUCGCUAUUGGGCUGUUAAGGACUGCGAACCGCAGCUAGAGAUAACGAUCGUACAUGGGACUAGUUUUUCCAAUGAAAUACACGUCCCAUGUUUUGGGUAGUAGAUCUUCAACGAAAUAACUUGAUUUCGCGCGACGAUGUUCCUCAAGUCCCCAGCAUCUUUGUGUUUGUCCCUAUACUGCAUCUACAUCAGUUUGGCCGCCGAAGCAUAUAUCGCCACUGAAUUGGGGUUUCGAAGAGUGAAGCAUGGUGAACAAUAUAGCUUCUUCGCGCUCCUGUCGAAUGGGUAAACGCACCUGACACGCAAUGUGAACGCCGGUAAGAUCCUGAAUUACCCAACUACUGGCGGCCAGAAGAAACCGGUUCGCGUAGCCGGUAGCCCUUGCACAACCGAAGAAAGCGCACUGCGAGCGCCCCAGUUUGCAUAAUACGUAUGCGCCGCGAGGUUUUGUAUGUGAUAUAAAAUAAAUGUGCCACUCACACAGUUCCACAUACUACGCGCAGCACCGUUAAUCUGCUUCCACAAGUUGUUCUUUCCUUCACAGCAACGGAUAGGUACCAAGACUAGAGCUGCCGCUGUGUGGCGCGUUGCUCUUUCGAAUCUGCACCGCGGUGUCUUGAGUGACGGCAGAAAGUGUCACCAGAAUUUCAUUUGGUUCCUAUACAUCUGCUGCACCGUUAUUUUUCCCUUCCAGUCGAAGUGAGGAUACGCAAAGUCGAG